AAGAUUUAAGAAAUAUUUAAGAGUUGUUAUAUAAUUACUAUAUGUUGCCGACGACGUGCAUUAUCGUUACCCUUACAAUAUUUUGAAUGAAGAGUAUAGUAUAACCUUAAAAAACUAUGGUUCGUAUCAAAAGACGAUCUCAUAAUGUUUCAAAUCAAAACAACUCAGCCAAAACACAAGGCUCUCAUUCUGACCCCAAAAUAAACUUUUUCAACAACCCUAAUACCUCUAACUUAUACAUAGACGUAAAUGAUGAAAACAUAUCUCCAAUGAAACAUAUCGAUGCCAAUAUCUCACCACCACCCUUGUCUAGCAAGGACACAGACAAAUCUUCUCACGACAAAAAUGAAAAUGCAUUUAGAAACAUCGAGAAUCAAGAUGGGACAAAUAUGUUUGAAGAAAAAAAUCAACAAACCAAAUAUUUGGUUCACCGCCGGCUCAAGUUUUUUUUCAUGGACCCUUUACAAAAAUGGAAAAUUAGGAAACAAUUCCCUUGGAAACUUACUCUUCAACUUGUCAAGAUCGUAUUCGUCACGUUUCAUAUAGCUCUUUUCACGACGAAUAGAUACAAGCACGUAGUAUAUUUCGAGCACACUCAAAUUUCGUUUAAGCAUCUUUUUUUGAAGGAUUGGGAAUCCAACCGAGAAGUUAUCUCGUAUCCGCCUUCUAACGGCAUUUUCGCUAUCUACGGCAUCGACGAAUUUUAUGGCAGCUUAAAUUAUGCCAUUCAAAAGUACUUUGGGUUAGAACUAAUAGCAAUAGGUUCGUAUGAUUUUCCAGUUAAUAACAAAAGUGAAGUUUACGUCGAGCUUUGCGAAUAUUAUUAUUUAGUGGGGCAGAUAUGGGCCUACAAUCAUUCCUAUAUUUUUGACUCUCAGACCAAUUACAAUUGCACGAAAUUUUACACUUGGAACACUACCGCACUAUCAUACAAUAAUUUUCCUUUCAAUUUUGACAGUCUCAUCAGAGUCGAUUUGAAACUCAAACUCAACACUGUUCAUUUAAAGGUAUUGCAACCAUCGAUAUCACCAGAUUGCUAUGCUUUUGAAGUUAAAAUAUCAUAUGAUAACAGCGAACAUAGCGGUCAUUUAAUUAUAUCCUUGGACACUCAAAAUAUUCAGCAUCCUUGUCAUGGGAAAAUAUAUUACCCUGAAAAACAUUGGCUAUCAAAGCCCCAAUUAAUUAUCAUGAACCUUUUAAUCUUGACCAUUUGUUCAGUGUCAUUAUAUCUCUGCGUCAGAGCUUUGAUCAGGGCUCACAAAUUAAAAGAAGAUUGCGUGAAAUUCUUUAAAGUGUAUUACAACACUAACCUAACCAAGUCGGAUCGUUUGGAGUUUUUAAAUUUGUGGUAUGUUACUAUAUUAGUAAACGAUAUUCUCAUCAUCUUAGGAACAUUACUAAAGUUAGAACUAGAAAGAAAGUUGACAUCAAAUCAAAGCAUAUUACUAUACGAUACGUGCGGCAUAUUAUUAGGUUGUGGAUGCUUAUUAGUUUGGAUCGGAAUAUUGCGAUAUCUCAAAUUUUUUGCUCAAUACAAUGUUCUGCUAUUGACUAUUAAAAUUGCGUUACCUAACGUAAUUAGGUAUCUGGUAUGUGCAAUAUUUCUAUAUAUGGGGUUCUUGAUAUGCGGAUGGGUUGUGUUUACUCCUUAUCACAGCAAGUUCAGAAGUAUAAGUUCUUCGUCCGAAUGUCUGUUUUCCUUAAUAAAUGGAGAUGAUAUGUUUGCUACUUUUAUCAUAACCAGCACUAAAAGCUCCUUGGUCUGGUGGUUCAGUCGAAUAUAUUUUUACGCUUUUAAUACCUUAUUCAUAUAUGUAGUCAUCAACCUUUUCAUCAGUGUCAUAUUGGAUACAUAUGAAUCCAUCAAAGAAUACUGGGAUAAGGGGCACCUGCCUCACGGAUUUUUGACGGAUUUUAUAGCUCAACACAGCGAUUGCAAUUAUUUUAACAACGCCAAUGACUCCUUAAGGAAUGGGUACGAUCCUGAUGAUCCAAUGUGGAAAAAAUGCAUAUCUUGUUGUUUCCACAAACGUUUUCAUACCGAAGAUGAAGCAAUCAAACAUAUAUUAGAAGACGUAGAAACGUGAUGAAAUCAUUCAUCAAAAUAACAAUUAGCCCUCUUUUUUUUAAAAAAAAGAAGAUUUUAUGUUUAGUACUCAGUAAUUUGAUAAUUUUUUUUAAUAUAAACAAAUACGCCUUUUUAA